AUGGCGAAUUCAAUUCAAGUCAACAAACACCAACAAAAUUUUAGCGAAGUGCAUCUGAAUUUGGCACAACCAUUGCCGUUGACAAAAUACAACUUGAUGGAGGACACUUAUGGGGACAACUGGGCCAAGACGCCAGCAGAUAAAUAUUUGGAUUUGUCCUUUUGCACAAUAGAAUACGCCAACGAAAAGAAACUGCAACAAGACCAUCCGUGUUUGAUCCAACUCAUCCGAGACAAAUACCUGCUCCAGCCAGCAUCUAAAGAACUUCCUUACGUGCUGGAUCAUCCCGAAACAAUCGAUCCUUCCAAUGGCCAAGCCAAUGACAUUAGGGAAAUUUUGAAAAAUAAAGUAUAA